UCAUAACAAUGAUCAAACAAAAGAAAAAAAAGAAGUAAUAAGCAGAAGCCUGAAAGAAAAUAACAAAACAAUGGGGUGUAAGAACACAUUUUUCUUGGUACUGGUAGUUACCUUGAUCACAAAGGAGGCCUUGGCAGCAAAACAUCUUGUUGGUGGAAGCCAAGGCUGGGAUCCUUCCACAGACUUUAAUUCAUGGGUUUCAGGCCAAACAUUCAAGGUUGGGGAUCAACUUGUUUUCAAGUACUCUUCUUUGCAUAGUGUGGUUGAACUGGGAAGCGAGAGCGCCUACAAGAAUUGUGAUAUUAGCAACACAGUCAAGUCCUUGAGCAGUGGCAACGAUGUUGUCAAAUUGGACAAACCUGGUACGAGGUACUUCACUUGUGGUACCUCAGGCCAUUGUGGUCAAGGCAUGAAGGUGAAGAUUACAAUAGGAAAAGGGAAUGCACUUUCUUCUUCCCCUGCACCAUCACCAUCGUCAUCAACAACAACAACAUCAUCAUCAUCGUCGUCAUCAUCAUCAUCGUCAUCACCAACAUCAUCAUCACCAUCAUCUUCCUCUGCAUCUUCUUCCACUACUUCUAAUGUAGCUUCAGCCUCAAGAUGCUUCACCAAUUUUGUGCUCAUUGUUGCAAUAUUGGUUGCCACAAUGUUUUAAUUGAUAAUUUGAAGUUUAUAAUUGAUAAUAUGUACACUUGUGGGAUAUGAUGGUAGAGCAAUUUUAAUUGACCGCACCACAUUCCACUAGUUAGUCUCUUUAUGAGUACGAGACUGAGAAGGCACAUGUAUACCUUAUUUAUCUAUCUAUCUAUUUAUCUAUCUAUCUAUCUAUCUAUAAACUAUAUAAAGGGAGAGUUUGUGCAA